CUGCCCCAGUUAAAUUCUUACUCUGAAUUGUAUAUUUUAUAUGCGAUGAUGAUCUGUCUCUUCUCAGGGAUUAUUAUUUAAUCUUCAUAAAUAUUUAACGUAAAUAUUCGCAUAAGUUAUUUCCUUUGUUUUGUCUUUUACAAGAAUUUUAACCGAACUUACAUCUAUUAUUAAUCUGUCAAUGUCUAUUUUUUUAGUCUACAUCAUUCUACUACAAAUGUCAAUGUGUAUUGUGUUGUUCCGAUUUAUUUAACCUUAAACUUGUCGCUGUUUAGUGCAAUUCCAUUAUAAUUCUUGAAUACUUUGUUAUUGCGUUAUUAAAUUAAUAAAGAUUAAGUUCCUUGGUAGAGUGCCGUUUUAAUAUGGAUGGGUUCGAGAUUAGAACAUCGAACAGCAAGAAGGGUAAAGGGCUGUUUGCAACGAAGAAAUAUGACCAAGGAGAUGUUAUUUUAGAGGAGGAUCCUUUAGUUUCGUGUCAGUUUUCUUGGAAUGCAGCCUACAGAUACUUAGCCUGCGACCAUUGCAUGAGGCCUCUAGAAACUCCCGAACGCAAUGUGCGACGUUUAUCCUGCAAGCCGGACAUAAUUCUUCCAUAUUCUGACUGUUAUGAAACUAAUAUAGAGUGUAUGUCGAUGUGUGAUCAUUGUGGAACUCAGUACUGCUCUGAGGUAUGCAGACAGAGGGCUUAUGGGACCUACCAUAGGCUGUUAUGCCAUGACACAAGUGAUGCUCAACAUCCAAUUGUUGUGCUUGUUGAAGCUUGGAAGCAAAUGCACUAUCCGCCAGAGACAACAAGUAUAAUGUUAUUGGUCAGAAUACUGGCUUACAUCACUCAGAGUCCUGACCCAUCUGCGGCCGCAGGUAAAGUGAAACAGUUUUGUCACCGCACAGUCAAUGAAGAUGCUGAGUUGGUUCACAAACUCCUUGGAGAACAGUUUACAGAUCAACUAAAUACUUUAAGAGAAUUGACUAUUAAUGUUAUUAGUGGUGAACAUAUUCAGCAGUUCUUGACUCCUGAGGGAUUCUGCACAUUAAUGGCAUUAGUAGGUACAAAUGGGCAAGGCAUAGGCACCAGUCCGCUGGCCAUGUGGGUGAACGCUGUGCAGGAGCUCACCAUGUCAGAUGAUGAGAGGCAGCAGUUGGAUCUGUUUAUUGAUAAACUGUAUCAGUAUGUGGAAGAAGAAUCUGGCACAUUUCUAAACACAGAAGGGUCAGGACUCUUCCAGUUGCAAAGUGCCUGCAAUCACAGCUGUGCUCCUAAUGCAGAGUCUACAUUUCCCUAUGGCAACCACAGAGUGCAACUGAAGGCUUUGAAACCUAUAUUGCCAGGAGAUGAGAUAUGCAUCAGCUAUUUAGACGAAUGUGCUCUGCAGAGGUCGCGGCAUUCGAGGCAAAAGGAAUUAGCUCAAAACUACCUAUUUGUCUGUUGGUGUGAGCGCUGCAGCCUGCAGUCCUCCCAGCCGGACUGCACCAGCGAGGAGGACAUGAGUGAUGAAGAGAUUGAUGCGGAUGACUGAUGUUCCAACCUACUGGCAUUCUGCCUGCUUGGCUUGUGAUGCCGGAAGACUACAGACAGUGUGUUAGUGUUAUUUCGUGUAGUGCUUAGUCGUCGACUCGUCCUAAGUGGGCAAUUCAAUAAAUUCAACCACACAAGUUCAUAACUGAAUCGUCAAGCAUAAUAACAGAGAGUGAAUAGUUUGUUCCUUUGUUCUUUCGCACUGCACUGCUUCUUAUCACGGUCGUAGUCGCAUUGAACCGCGCAUGUGUGCCGCGUAUUUCAGCGUAAUUGCAUUUGUUGGAUUUUUGAGCUCCUGUAAAUUUUUUGUACAUAAGUGUUGAAUUGGAUUGCUAUCAUGAGUAUGCACUAUAUUUGUAUACGAUUAACUGUUGUCAAUAAAACGCGAAACUUUUAUCGUAAUUCUAUUUGCAGCACCAGCUUUUAACGUUUCAAUAGCAAGAUUUGUGUACUAUUAUUGUCUCUCAACAGUGAGUACAGUGUCUGUGCACUCUGUCUACGCACACCUGCUCUUUAAUACUUUUACGUACAUCCACUACCAAGCAAAGAGGCAUAAAGCCAUAAUUAUUUUAAAAGAAGAAAAGGGCUUGAUUAUGAAUGUUUUUUUUUUAUAAAUAUUUACGCGACUAGUUUGUUUCCUAUUUUAAGAGUAAGUAAAAUGAAUGGAAUACGAGCUCAAGGAGUCUCAGUCAUACUAAAGUUAAGAAUAAAUGUGUUAAAUAAAAUAAACAUACCUAUGAAUAGGGUAGUUAAAUGUUCUUAGAUUUAAAAUUACACAUAUAAGGUUAUAUUGAGCUAAUUAUUAUUAACGUGACAUUUAUCUAUUGUGAGCUCAACGGACCUACCACUAUUAGCCGCGUACUGAUCAAGCGAACAGCUUCACGAGGCAGCCUCGGACAUAGCCGCAGUGCCUCGGUCUAUCAGUUCGCGGCUAAUUAGUAAUUCUUAUGUGAAAGUGAGAUGACGUAGAGCUGUCUCCCUUUUAUAGCUGCAAUGUGGUAGGAGCAUUUAACAUCAAUAUUCGAGACUUUUUCGAUAAACUUUAAAAGUUUUGAGUGGCUACAGUUCGUUCUUUUUAACUUAAUGUAGGUAUGUAUAUGUGUAUAGAAUAUGAUCGUAACGCGGAUUUGAAAGGGUAAAUAAAAAUGUUGUUGAAUACUGGUUUCGUCUUGAGUGUAUCGAAGUUUUCGUGUAAUAUACGUGUACUAUGAUGUCAUUUAGUUGAUAUUCGAUACGGCCUAGAAUAAUGAACUCUAUGUCUUUAUAUUAAGUCUUAUUGUUCUGAAUGUCUUCAAGUGUAGUUUAGAGUAUACGCUACAUACGUAUAACCAAAUCGAUAAAAACAAUGUAAGGGUGCGACCGUACUUAUCGGUAGAUUGAUCAAUUGGUGUGACUAUGGGCCUGAACUUAUUUGGGAAGAUGUGCUGCAAAUGCGAGCAUUCUGGACAGACUUAACGCACUAAUUAUGUGCCAAAUUAGAGGCAUGUUAUGUAGACCUAAUAAAACAAAAAUAAGACACCAAUGUUAACUUUCAGUCGAAUAAAAUUUAGAAUUUUCGUGUCUUCUGACAACGUUUUGGAAUUUAACUGAUUGUGGUACGAAUGGUCCAAAGGAUUUUUGGAAUAAAAAUAUCGAAUUUUAGCAACGUGGCCUCAUAGUUUCGGCCUAAUAUAACAUUAGGAUAUUAAAUAUAUGUAAAUAAGCACAGGUCAAUUCUUAUGUAAUGGAAGUAAUACUAGAAAAUCUAUUUGUAUCUGUCAGAUAUGACAGCGUGUUAAUGUCAUUUCUGCGUAAUUGACCUGUGGCUGUCAGUGUAUUAAAUCGAUGUCAAAUUAUUGCAACGAUGCAAAAUUUUCAUAGGAAUAAAAAGUUUUCCAUAUUUCGUAGUGGAUUAUAUGAAAAAUGUUACGAGUUUAGUAAUACUUUUUAAAGUAAAUCAAUGUGAAAUAUUUUACCGUUCGGUGCAUUUUAACAUAUUUGUCUUUUUGGCAUAUGAACGUUUGAUUGACAAUCUACUAUUUUAUCGGGAUACCAAUUUCAUAUUCAUUACGUCUGUUACGAAAUCAAAGUAGGUAGGUUUCUUAAUCUUAACCAUUAGAAUGUUCCCAAAAUACACAAUUUAUGAAUAUUGUAGGACUACGUUGUGCCAAAUUAGACUUAAAGAUAAUCUAGGUGUUUAAACGACAUUACAAAAUUAUAAAAUAAAUGCUUUUCUGUAAAAAGACGUAUGUAACGAAAAAGGUUUUUUUAAAUGAUACUAUUCUGUAAAACACUUUGAAUACGACGAUACAUCCAAAAAUUGUUUUCCAAUUUACAGUAUAUUUUUAUGAAUGUUGCUUCUAAAUGAAGAAUGUUAUUUAGCUUGUUUUAUAAAAUAAAUUAUUUGUCCAAA